AUGGCGUCAAAAAGCAAAUACCUGUUUGAUAUGAUCGUUCCGGUCUUUGAUUUGAUGUUUGAGCAUCAUCGGUCCGACGUUGCCGAAUUCAUUACCGCAGCGCAACUACAGCCUGACCAUGUCAUUCUCGAUCUUGGUACAGCCACAGGCGUCAACGGCUCUCCUAUCCUCCAGUUUGACGUCGUCUUCCUGGUGUGGACUCUGUGCCUGGUCGAUCCGGAGCAACGUAUCGCACUACUACAUGAUCUACCGGAACUCGUCAAGCCCGGCGGCAAACUGGUGUUUGACUGGCAGUCCCCAGAGCGGGAGAUAUAUGCAAUACAAGUCAACUAUGGACCAUGGUAUCUGGCCCUCUACCCCAGAUCCGAAUACUCUCUUCAAGAGAACCGGCACAGCGUUGUGCAACGCGUACGCGAGGCUGGGUGGAAUGAGAGUCCUAACACCACGGCCCAUCCCAUGUGGCAAAGCGCCGGGUACGAAGACAUCACGCAACAGGUCCUUGCGAAAGCAGAGCGCUUGGCAGCAGAAGGAUCGACACUGGCCAGGUGA